UUUGGGGGAGAGAGCAGGGUUUGAAGAAGCAAGUGGGAACACAGAGGAGAGCAGUGCCAAGGCCUGCCUGAGCCCUAGUUGUUCAGGCUGUGGGGGAGUGCUGGCUGCUGGCACUAGCUCCACGUCGGGAUGGCUACGGAGUGGACCUGGGAGAUGCCGGGAGAUUAGCGCGGCGCCUGACCGGGGAGGUGAGCCGGCAGAUGUCCUGGCCGGGGCCGCGCCGCUGGCCACGCUGGCCGGCCGGCGGGGCAGAAGCAGGACUCGGGGCUGAGACUCCAGGCCGGACCCGGCGGCGACCCGCCUCGGGCUCCUCUGCCCCCCACCUGCCGAGACCGGACGGAAUUUGGGGGCUGGGCGGCCGCAGUGACCGCUGCUCCCCAGGAGCCCCCUGCCCGGCCUCCCCAGGCAGGCGGAGGGAUUGGCCGGGCCCCUGGGCGCGCCAUGCGCAGCACCACACUCCUGGCACUGCUGGCGCUGGUCCUACUCUACUUGGUGUCUGGUGCCCUGGUGUUCCAGGCCCUGGAGCAGCCCCACGAGCAGCAGGCCCAGAGGGAGCUGGGGGAGGUCCGAGAAAAGUUCCUGAGGGCCCAUCCGUGUGUGAGCGACCAGGACCUGGGGAGCUUCAUCAAGGCUACGGCAACGCGGCCCUGCGCACGGAUGCUGGGCGCCUCUUCUGCAUCUUUUAUGCGCUGGUGGGGAUCCCGCUGUUCGGGAUCCUGCUGGCAGGGGUCGGGGACCGGCUGGGCUCCUCUCUGCGCCGUGGCAUCGGUCACAUCGAAGCCAUCUUCCUGAAGUGGCAUGUGCCACCGGAGCUGGUGCGAAUACUAUCCGCGGUGCUCUUCCUGCUCAUCGGCUGCCUGCUCUUUGUUCUCACGCCCACGUUCGUGUUCUGCUACGUGGAGGGCUGGAGCAAGCUGGAGGCCAUCUACUUCGUCGUAGUGACGCUCACCACGGUGGGCUUCGGGGACUAUGUGGCCGGCGCCAGCCCCAACCAGGGCAAUGCAGCCUACCAGCCGCUGGUGUGGUUCUGGAUCCUGCUCGGCCUGGCCUACUUCGCCUCUGUACUCACCACCAUCGGGAACUGGCUGCGAGUAGUGUCCCGCCGCACUCGGGCAGAGAUGGGCGGCCUCACAGCGCAGGCCGCCAGCUGGACCGGCACGGUGACGGCGCGGGUGACCCAGCGAGUCGGGCCCACGGCGCCACCGCCGCUGGAGAAGGAGCGGCCGUUCCUGCCUCCACCGCCGCGCUCGGCGCCGCCCGCCGGCAGGCCCCCGUCCCCGCUCCCCGUGAAGGCCGAGCCGCCCUCGCCGUCCUCCCCGUCCACCCCGCCCUCGGCCUCCGCGCUGGAUUACCCCAGCGAGAACCUGGCCUUCAUCGACGAGUCCUCCGACACGCAGAGCGAGCGCGGCUGCGCGCUGCCCCGCGCGCCACGGGGCCGCCGCCGCCCCCCCAACCCUCCCCGGAAGCCCGUGCGGCCGCGGGAGAAAGGCGGACCGGUGUAGGGGCGGGCCCCCCGGCCUGGGCCUCUCCAGGGGCUCGGCUCUCGCGCUCUCCCCGGCAUGCUCUGUUUGUUUGACCAAAGAGGCCUCGGGACCGCACCGAGGCCUGGGGAGGAGGCUGCGGGUUGCCACUCCCCGCCCCGGCCCUCUCCUCACUUCAUCCGUUUGCAGACCCCAUGGCUUUCUGUCUCGCUGUUCGGCUGGGCCCGUCCCCCACACCUCACGACUGUGCCUCAAAAGCCUGCAUCAAUAAACGAAAAACAGUUUGCACCGCUGCGGGCGUGCGCGCUCCGGGGACGCGAGGGGCUGUGGGAGUGCUUGCGUCGGCUCGGGCCACCUCCGGGACAAUCCCGGCCUCGUGUGACCCCCGAGCCGAGCCCCCCACCUCCCCCACUCCCCACGGCUUGGGCCCCUGUCUCUGCCGGAGGCUACCAGGCAGGGUCGGGAAUAGGAACGUGCCAAGGUGGGCGGCGAGUCUGCGACCUCAGCACGGACUCGGGGAGGC